AUGACUGCUGCUGAACUGCGGCAAAGGCCGCCUCCAGAGAAGGCAUCGGAGCCCAAUUCGACGGCCGAUGAUACCGAUCCCGCCUUAGAUCCGGAUAUUGCCCACCCCGCAGGUGAGGCUAAAUAUGGUCGCUUUAGAGCACUCCUUCGCGCCUUAUCAUUUUCAAUAUACUUUGCAAGUAGCUGUUUAACCAUCCAUAUCACUCAGAUCCUUGGUGCUCCGAUAUACUAUCUCAAUCGCGACCUAUACUAUGCCUACAUGUCCUUAACGAAGGCGUCUUUCGGCUUGCUGAUAACUACCAUGACCCAAUGGUGGGCACCGACGGUUAUAAGAAUAAGUGGUGAUGCCUCUGUUGCGGGGCAAUUCAGCUUGACUCCGGACGGUAGAGUUCAAUGCGCUUUUCCGGAGCGCAUGGUCAUGAUCGCAAACCACCAGAUCUACACCGACUGGUUAUAUCUAUGGUGGGUUGGAUAUACGAAUAUCCCUCAGAUGCAUGGGCACGUCUAUAUCAUCCUGAAGGAAUCCUUGAAAUGGAUUCCUGUCAUCGGACCGGGUUGCAUGUUUCUAGGCUUCAUCUUCAUGUCUCGCAAGAUGGCUGUCGAUCGGCCCCGCCUAGCCCAUAGGCUUGGCAAAUUAAAAUCCCGACAUUUGGAUCCUGACGGAAAUCGAUAUCUCAAUCCGAUGUGGUUACUCCUUUUCCCUGAAGGAACGAAUUUGUCUUCUAACGGCCGUGAUAAGUCGGCUCAAUGGGCAGCCAAAAUGGGUCUUCGAGAUAUGCAGCAUUUGAUGCUACCUCGCAGUACCGGCAUGUUCUUCUGUCUCAGCGAAUUGAAGGGGACGGUGGACUACGUAUAUGACUGUACUGUAGCCUACGAAGGUGUCCCGCGCGGGAAAUUUGGCGAGAAUUAUUUUACUUUAUCGAGCACUUACUUCCAAGGGCGACCUCCUAAGUCUGUGAAUUUUUACUGGAGGCGGUUUGCUCUGGCCGACAUGCCCUUAGACAACCAGGAAGAGUUUGAUAAAUGGCUCCGUGAACGAUGGUACGAGAAGGACGCUUUACUCGAACAAUACGUCUCAACAGGUCGAUUCCCGGCCAAUGGAGCUGGUAUAAAAGGGCAUAUCGAGACAGAAGUUCGAACUCGAUAUUGGUGGGAAUUCAUGAGGAUAUUCGUCAUGCUCGGCCUGUUUGGUCUGAUAUUCAACUUUAUGCUCAGAGUCGUACGAGCCCUCGCUCGCCGCUAGUCGAUUCUUUCCGCUGUAAUGCGCUGGUUAACCAAGCCGAAGUGGAUCAAAGGCGUAUCGGGGAUAUUGUCCAUGUUCAUAUCAUGUUAACCAUGGCAAAAGCAACGGAUACGAAGCUAGAAGGUGUUCUUUUUUUAGCUAAAUACUAACGAGAAUAGACCGUGAAACGAUACUAUGGAUGGGUGUACGUAGGUAUGGGGUAGGGUCAGGAGUUUUGGAUUUGAUUGAUGAUUUUAGCAUAGCGAGGAGUGGUAUCAAUGCAUCUCUACUCGUUUGUUUUCACGGCCUAUCAUCCUAUGUACCAGCGUCUGGUAGUUGGUAAGCGAAUUAUUCAUGAAUAUUAUCAUUACACAGUGGGUUUAUUUCGUGGGUUGGAAAAUGGCUAUAUUGAUAUUUCGUGAGUGACACUAUCACUUAUUCACUACCUUAGGUACCUAGGUAGGUAAGUAGUAUACAAUCCAGCUAAUUCCCAAGUUACUUGCUUAUCUACCUAAGGACGAGUUGUUCUAAAGCUUCGUGUAUUGGCUUUAGAAUUGUGGUGGUCCAUAUACUUAACCCUAAGGACUAAGCAUGUGAGAUAGAGGAGCAAUUGAUAGUUUGAUUCUACAAUUUACGAAACCUUUGUUUGGACGAUUGGCUAAUUCCAUUGCA